AUGCCUCCACCUCCUCAUAUCAAGCCUGAGAAUGUUCUCAAGAGGGCUCAGGAACUCAUCGCCGUUGGCCAGGCUCAGGCUGCCCUGACCGUCCUUCACGAACAUGUCACCUCGAAACGUACGCGUAGCAGCCCCAUCGCCUCCCUGGAGCCUGUCAUGCUGCUCUUUGUUGAGUUGUGUGUGGAUUUGCGCAAGGGCAAAUCGGCCAAGGAUGGUCUGUACCAGUAUAAGAACAUCGCCCAAAACACCAACGUCGGCACCAUCGAGGUCGUUCUGAAGAAGUUCAUCGAGCUCGCCGAACAGAAGGUCACCGAGGCCCAAGCCAAGGCCGACGAGAUUCAGUCCUCGCUCGAGUCUGCUCCCUCCGCCACCAACGUCGAGGACCUGGAAGCCAUCGAGACCCCAGAGACCAUCCUGCUGGCCACCUUUUUGUGGGAGACCUACCGCACCGUGCUGGAGAUCUUGAAGAACAAUGCUCGCCUCGAGAUCAUGUACCAGGCCACCGCCCUUCAGGCCUUCCAGUUCUGUCUUAAGUACACUCGCAAGACAGAGUUCCGCCGUCUCUGUGAGCUGCUUCGCAACCACGUCCAGAAUGCGGCCAAGUACUCCACCCAGAUGCACGCCAUCAACCUCAGCGAUGCCGACACUCUGCAGCGUCACCUCGACACUCGCUUCCAGCAGCUGAACGUUGCCGUCGAGCUGGAGCUGUGGCAGGAGGCCUUCCGCAGUAUCGAGGACAUCCACACUCUGCUGAACCUGAGCAAGCGUCCCGCCAAGAACGUGAUGAUGGCCAACUACUACGAGAAGCUGGCUCGUAUCUUCCUCGUCAGCGAGAACUAUCUCUUCCACGCCGCGGCCUGGAACCGUUACUACAACCUGCUCCGUCUCUCCACCAUCGCUUUGGCCACCGGCCAGAGCAGCAAGAAGGAAAACCCUUCGGUCACCGAGGCUGAGAUGACCAAGGCUGCUUCCUUCGUUCUCUUGUCUGCUCUGUCCAUUCCCGUGAUCAGCACCACCCGUUCUCGCGGUGCUCUGGUUGAUGUCGACGAGGCCCGCAAGAACAAGAACACCCGUCUGACCAACCUUUUGGGCAUGGCACAGGCUCCUUCUCGCCAUGUUCUGUUCCGUGACGCCCUCAACAAGGGUCUUCUCAAGCGUGUUCGCCCUGAGAUCCGUGAUCUUUACAACAUCCUCGAGGUCGACUUCCACCCGCUGUCCAUUUGCAAGAAGAUCACUCCUAUCCUGACCAAGAUCGGUGCUGAUCCCGAGAUGGAGAAGUAUGUUGUGCCUCUGCAGCAGGUCAUCCUCACUCGCCUGUUCCAGCAGCUUUCUCAGGUCUAUGAGUCCGUCGAGCUCAAGUUUGUCUACGAGCUUGCUCAAUUCCCCGACCCCUUCCAGAUCACCCCUGCCAUGAUCGAGAAGUUCAUCAUGAACGGCUGCAAGAAGGGUGACUUGGCCAUCCGUGUCGACCACAUCUCUGGUGUCCUGACCUUUGACUCGGACGUUUUCUCUUCAUCCAAGGCUAUGCACGCUGGCAGCGGCGCUGGCUCAGCCGAGAGCGAAGUCCAGCGUCUGCAGCACACCCCCGCUGACAUUGCCCGCUUCCAGCUUGCCCGCUUGGCCAAGACUCUGCACGUUACCUGCCAAUACGUCGAUCCCUCCUACAUCGAGGCUCGUGCUCAGGCUAAGCAGGCCGCCCAGGCCCGCGCCCUGGCUGGUGCUGCUCAGGAGCAUGAGGAGACCUUGGCUCGCCGUGUUAUCAUCGACAAGAAGAAGGAGGCUGCAACCGAUGCUCUCAACCGCAAGCAGCGUGAAGAGGAAACCCGCAAGCGCAUCCGCACCCAGCAGCUCCAGGAAGCUGAGAAGCAGCGUCUUGCUGAUGAACAGCGCGACCGUGAGCUCAAGCGCGUUAAGGAUGAGCAGGACCGCAUUCGUGCCGAGGAACUGAAGAAGCAGCUUGAGGAGCUCAAGACUGGUGUCAAGGGUCUGGACAUCAGUGAGCUUGAUCCUGAGGAGCUGGACGCCAACCGCCUUCGUGCGAUCAAGCUUGCCCACCUCGAAAAGGAAAAGAACGAGCUCAACGAGCGUGUGCGGGCGACCGCCAAGCGUAUUGACCACUUGGAGCGUGCCCUCCGUCGUGAGGAGGCCAAGCACGUCCCAGGCGAUUAUGAGGCUCAAAAGAAGCACGACAUGGAGCUGUACGAGGCCCAGAAGGCUGAGACCUUGAAGGAGGCUAAGCGAAAGCAUGCCGAAGCCGUUGCUCUCAAGCACCGCCUUGGUCGCCUUGUGCCACAGUUCUCCAGCUUCCGCAAGGAGCUGUCUGAGAAACGCCACGAGGAGUUCGAGAAGCGCCGCAAGGCUGCCGAGCGGGAGUUCGAGGCCAAGAAGAAGCAGCGUGUUAAGGAGGUUACGGAACGUCGCCGUCGUGAGAAGCAGGAGCGCGAGGAGAACGAGCGCCGCCGCAAGGAGGAGGAAGAGCGCGCCGCUCGCGAGGAAGAAGAGCGGGUUGCCCGCGAAGAGGAGCGCCGUCGCGCUUUGGCUGAGGAGAAGGCCAAGCGCGAGGAAGAGCGAGCCAAACUGGACGAAAUCGCUCAGCGACAGAAGCAGCGCGAGGAAGAGGCCGAAGCUCGCCGCAAUGCCCGCAAAACUGGUGGUGCUGCUCCCAUCCCCGAGCCCACUUCAGAGCGCACUGCACCUCGUCUCAACCUUGCUUCUCGUCCGGCUGUUGCUACUGGUGGCGGUGGCUGGAGAGAGCGUUUGGCCGCCAAGGAGGCCAGCGGUGCUACCGCCGAGCCCGUUCGCAGAGAACCUGCUCGGGAGGAGCCUGCUCCCCUGCGCAAGGGCGGUUACGUCCCACCUCACCUGCGUGGCGCUGCCUCCUCUGGCUCCGCACCCCCCGCUCGUGAGAACGGUUCCUCUGAUCGUUUCGAGCGUCCUGAGCGCAGCGAUCGUUUCGAACGCCCGGAGCGUACCGACCGCUUUGUGCCCCGUCACGUCCGUGAUCCCGCCUCUGCCACGUCCGAGGCUCCCCCUGCCGCCAACCCCGACGAGUCGAAGCCUAGCGGCGGCAAGUGGGUGCCCCGUUGGAAGCAGCAGCAGUCUUAG